AGACAUUAGACAAUGGGUAUUGAAGAUCUUGGGCUCCUGCUGGAGAACAUCGAGGAGUAUGUUAUGGAACAGAAGAAAGUUGUGACCUACAAGUGGCUGAGCAGAACAUUUUCUCUAAAUGUUAACCAAGCUAAACAGUUGUUAGCGAUAUUCCACAUGAAACACAAGAAUAUGAAACACAAGAGCAUUCAGGGUGUUUACUACGUCAGUGGGAUGAGACACAAUUCUCAGGGAGUUCUGACACACCAAGUAUGUAUUGUUAACGAGGAUAUGCUGGAAGAAACGAAAUCUCAGUUGGACCCAGUUACCAGUGUUCAUCUAUACAGUGUUCAGAAAGGGAAACCUAAGGGUACUGCCCCUAUGUACAGCGUUGAUUUUGAGCAGCUGAAAAAGAAAAAAGGGAAAGAAUCCGAUCCCUAA